CUUGUUGGGCCUUCACUCAUCAGUCAGCUAUCGGCUCCAUCCGGCAGCAUCAGCGGCUGCUCUCAGCUCGGUGCGUAAAAGGAACUAAACCAAAGAGACUCGCAGCCAAAACCAAACCAGCCUGUGGGGAUGCAUCCCAGCUCAGCGACCUCGACGCCUUUUUCUGUGAGGGAUAUUUUGAGGCUGGAGAACCACAACGACUAUGAAAAUGAGUUUCUGAUGACCGACCAGGUUGUUCCGAUGCAGCAUCCACACAUGCACGCUGCGUCCAGACACGGCGACUUUUAUGACUGUCAGCCAGAGCCGUGCGUCUCAGGGAUGCAGGAGCUCGAUGCGCAUAAAUCAGCUGCAGAAGAGGAGAUAACUGAGCAGGAGAUGAGCGGACUGGACUGUUCACCUGACGGGGACAAAAGCGCAAAAAGCGGCGCCAGACUGCGCAGGAAGCCGCGCGUCCUCUUCUCUCAGUCCCAGGUGUCCGAGCUGGAGAGGCGCUUCAGGCAGCAGAGGUACCUGUCCGCCCCGGAGAGAGAUCACCUGGCACACCUGCUCAAACUCACCUCCACCCAGGUGAAGAUCUGGUUCCAGAACAGGAGGUACAAAUGUAAGCGGCAGAGGCAGGACCAGAGCCUGGAGCUGGCGGGGUUUCCUGCCGCAGGGAGGAGGGUCCCGGUGCCGGUGCUGGUCCGGGACGGGAGGCUCUGCGGGUCACACUCUGCUCCUUAUAAUGUGACUCUGGGACAUUACAGUCCGGUGUUUGGAAACAGCAGCGUUUAUAGUUAUCACAGUGUGUCUCCUCCGGCUGUACAGAUGGCUGAUUUAGUAGCAGGAAACACUGAGCACGGACAGUUUCAGUCUCCCAUAAGAGGCUGGUAAUAAAAAAUAGAAUAAAAACGGUCUGUAUGUAAAUAUAUCACACAUCCCACUGUCAAAUGUUUACUGUAUGUUUUGUAUGAAAUUGUAGACGAGCUGUUGUUAGUGAAAUUUUGUGGAAAAGGAGAAUUGUUGAUCGGUUAAUUGUCUGAAAGAAUAAAUUCUUUACUAUUCUUUAAAAAAAAUCGACCAGAAAUUGAUUCAUUCAUUCAGGAAUUAGAGAAGUCAAGUCGAUUCUGUAUUUAUCAGUUAAAAUAGAUCAAUAAAUUCUGAUUCCCUGAUAUUCAACAAAAAGUUGA